UCUGCUUAUAGUUUUAAGUGCUUUAGAAAUUAGACCCUAGCCGUACCUUUUUUUUUUCCCUGAAAAUACUCAGAUUUAGCUUUAAAGAAAAAAGAACAGAAAUUAAUUUCAAAAAAAAAAAAGAACAAAGAAAAAGAAAUUUGAUUCAAAUUCAAUCUUUAAUAAACAUUCAAAAUCUUUUUUGAAAAUUUAAUUAUCUAUUUGUAUUUUUUUAAUUAAUAGCAAUAAAAAAGAGAUAAGGAUGCAGCAAAACGGUGGUUCGGAUUCACAAACGGAACAGAAUCAACGGCCUCAACAACAACAACCUCCGCCGCAACCGCAUCCACAGUGGGUGGCUAUGCAGUAUCCUCCGACUGCUGCGGCGGCUAUGGUAAUGCAGCAUCAAAUGAUGCAACCGCAACACUUUGUUGCGCCGCCACCUCCUCCGCCUCAACACUACGUGCCUUAUCAUCAUCAGUAUCAUCACCAGGGUCACGCGCCGUCGCAGCAGCAGCAGCAAGGAUCUGGUGGUGGCGGCGAGAAUAAGACCGUUUGGGUUGGUGAUUUGCAUCAUUGGAUGGAUGAGAACUAUCUUCAUAGCUGUUUCGCUUCUACUGGCGAGAUUGUGUCCAUUAAGGUCAUUCGCAAUAAGCAAACUGGUUUAUCUGAAGGAUAUGGAUUUGUGGAAUUUUUUUCACAUGCAACGGCAGAGAAAGUUCUUCAAAAUUAUAGUGGCAUGUUCAUGCCUAAUACAGAACAACCAUUCCGCCUGAAUUGGGCUACUUUUAGCACAGGAGAGAAGCGCUCAGAAAAUGGUCCUGAUCUUUCUAUUUUUGUAGGAGAUUUAGCUGCAGAUGUUACUGAUGGCCUAUUGCAUGAAACUUUUGCUAGUAAAUAUCCUUCUGUUAAAGCUGCAAAAGUUGUAAUUGAUGCUAAUACUGGUCGAUCAAAGGGUUAUGGUUUUGUGAGGUUUGGGGAUGAUACUGAAAGGUCCCAAGCCAUGACUGAAAUGAAUGGUGCAUAUUGUUCAAGCAGGCCUAUGCGUAUUGGUGCUGCAACUCCCAGGAAGUCAUCAGGGUAUCAACAGCAAUAUUCUUCACAGGGUGGCUAUGCAUCAAAUGGUGCUUCAACCCAAUCUGAUGGAGAUUCUUCAAAUACAACAAUCUUUGUCGGAGGGCUUGACCCUAAUGUGACCGAGGAAGAUCUCAGGCAGCCUUUCUCUCAGUAUGGUGAAUUGGUCUCUGUUAAAAUACCUGUUGGAAAAGGAUGUGGGUUUGUACGAUUUGCCAACAGGAACAAUGCUGAGGAGGCAUUACAGAAGUUGAAUGAAACGAAUAUCGGCAAGCAAACAGUGCGUCUCUCUUGGGGUCGCAAUCCAGCAAAUAAACAGUUUAGGCCUGAUUACAGUAACCAGUGGGGUGGAGCUUACUAUGGAGGGCAGGUCUACGAUGGUUACGGCUAUGCUUUGCCACCACCAAAUGGCUUAGGCAUGUACGCGGCUGCAGCCACCGCAUAUGGGGCUUAUCCAAUCUACGGCAGUCAUCAGCAGCAGGUAAGCUAAAAUAAUAACAGCAGGAGAGAUGUUAUAGCUCUACUUAGACACUUGAACUAGAAAAAAAAAAGAGGGGUAAAGGGGGACUGGCUUGUUAGUUUGUUACUCCAUAGCUCUCUCUGGGUUGUGUAGAAUUCUUACAUAAAUCCCUCCAAAUAUGGAGUGGAACUGAAUUUUGACCCCUUUUUUUAAGUAGUUUUGUUUUUUUAGGGAUUGGAUUCAUUAUUUAAUUUUAUGUGUUUAGUUAAAAAGGGAAACUUGGUGAUUGGGAUAUAUGAAUUGGCUGACGUGUGUGGUAGUGUGCUUGAAUAAUUUAAGUUAUAUUCAUAAAUAAGAAUUUGUUCCUUUCA